CCCUUCCCUUCUCUUCCCCGAUUAACCCUUUCGUAUUUGUGUACAAUGAAACGCCUUGGGGGUGGGGUGCAUGUGGGGCUACCUCUGGGUCCCAUUGCUUAGUCCUUUAAGGCCCUUGCAGAGUGCUCUGACAGAAUCGGGGCUAGCCAUGAGAUAUACAUACGAUAUAUUCCGAACACAAAUGCCACAACAGGGGGACAAAACGUAGGACAAUUUGGGAGUACAUAAUACAGAAUACGAAGAAGGGACAGGACACACAACAUGGACAUUGAGGAGGAUCUGGACGGCAUGCCACCCAUCAGCAUCGGCACCUUCGGGAUACCCAAUGACCCGGAACUGCUGGACGAGUACGCGCUGUACCGCCCCUCGAUGGGCACCCGGCGGCUGCACAGCGAGAGGCAUCGGGAGGUCUACGCAGAGGCCUUCAUCGAGCACGAGCGCCUGGGCACCUUGGCCGAUCUGUGCGUGCGGGCGCUGGCCAAGAGUCAGGGCACUGUGCACAUCGCAGUGCCCGUGCGGGAGGACCCGCUGAAGUUGCGCAUCCACUACGACUCCAUUGACGUGGACCUGCCGCUGCGGGAGUGCUAUUUCGUGGAGGAUGUGCGCUACUGGCGGCGCGUGGUGCUGGCCAAGAGCACGGACAAGUCGCUGGCGCAAAAGAAGCUCUCGGAGUACGACUGGCGGGGCAAGGGCAUCAGCAUCAAGUACGUGGAGAUAGUCGAGGCCUGUCCGGCGGCCUUCUGGCCGGAGAGCGAGAUGGCCGAGCUGGCGGCACUCGUGCGGGAACAUGUGCGCACCAUGGACAUCCGCCAUCUGCAGUCCCUCUCGGAGGAGAGCUUCCAGCGCCACAAAGGGAGCAGCGACUCGGAGCCGGACGUCACGUCGGAGGAGUCUGAGGCCCUGAUUGUUUCUAGCGAUGAGCGCAACACCUCCUCCGAGUGGACAGACGAGCAAGAGGGAGAGUGCUCCGAAGAGCAGUCCACAGAGCAGCCCGACCCGAAGAAUCAGGCUAAGAUCAACUUUAAUAGAGUGGAAACGGAGGAGGAGCAGCCGGCAGGGGCAGGGGCAGGGGCAGUGGCAGUGGCAGUGGCAGGAGCAGCGGCAGUAGAAGCGGCAGUCGAAGGAGUCAUGUACCUUCUGGAUGACAUCCAGGAGGCCAAACGCGUGGCGCGUGGUUCCCGCAACGCCGUGCGACAGCAGCUGCGGCGCUUGCAGGCCGCCAGGAAGGAGGCGCACGAGCAGCGGGUGCACCGUCGCACCCUUAUGCGGCAGAGGCCCGCCGAGCAGCCUGAGAAGAAGCGCCGCAAGAGCAGGAAGACAGUGAUGGGCGUCUUCAGCAUGAAGGUGGAGCCCGAGCCGGAGGACGACGAAGAUAAGAUCGUGGACAGGCGAAACAAGGAGAAGGUGCUGGAGCGGCUCCGUCGCUACGACUUCCCCUCGGAGCACUGCCAUCACAUCGACCUGAGCUUUGUGCGCUUCUUCGAUAACCUCGUCUCGUUCUCCCUCGAGUUCCUGGGGCCCCACAUGGGGCGCGACUUCCACAAGCGGCACCUGCGGUUCUCCACCGAGGACGUAGUGCGGCUGGCCAGGGGCCUCCAGGAGCUCGACAAGCUGCAGAUCUUCCGCCUGCGCAACAGCCGCAUGGACCAUCUCAAGCUGCACGUCCUCUGCCGUGUCCUCAAGAACCUGAAGGCCUUGGAAGUGAUUGACUUUGGCUACGACCAGAUGUCCGACGACUGCGGGGCCACUUUGGGCUCCCUGCUGGAGGGCGGGAGCAUGCUGAAGGCCCUGGAGCUGGAGUACAACCAGCUGGACCAGAAUGCGGCCUCGGCCAUUGGCGCCGCCCUGCAGCAGCGCCACCAGAACGGCGCCAGCGGAGAUGCAGGAGGGACGCACCUGCAGUACCUUGGUCUGGCCCACAACCGAAUGAGUGACCGGGCCCUGUCGACGCUCAUCCACUACAUUGCCGGCACCGAGCAUGUGGAGGAGCUCAACGUGUCGGCCAUUACGGCUCGCAAGGAGGCGGUGUCGGAGAGUAUCGGCUUUUUGCUGCGCAACCAUCCGCCGCUACGGCGACUGGACAUGACGGCUAUUCCGCUGAACAGCAGCACGGGUCGGAGACUCAUCUGCGCCCUGGAGAGCAACCAAAAGGUCACGCACUUCGACUGCCGCGGCUGCGACCUGGAUAGCGACGAGGAGUUUGAGGCAGAUAUCAUAGUGAGGCGCAAUGGCUUCCAAGCGGACCACUCCUACAUCGGGGACGAGACCCAAACGGAGCAGGACAUAAGGGAGCACUUCAAGAGCAUCAAGCACCCGCUGGUGAAGAAGCUGGAGGACGAGCGCGCCCGCCGGGCGGAGUGCGUCAAGGUGCGUCCCCCUCUGAUUCUCACGCCCAGCGACACCACCAUCGAGUCCCAGGUGUCGGAGAAGGAGGAGGCCGCCGAGUACGACAUUUGGGCGGAGCUGGGGAUCAAAACGGCCAAAGCCUCCGUCCCCCAAGAGAUUGUGGAGUCGGUGUCCAGCCACAGCACAGUGCUCGACCUGGGUCCCUUUCACUUCGAUCCGAAUAGCUUCAAUUUGGAGCAGUUCCGGGAGCACGUCCAACAACCGGGAAUGGGCAAUCGCUACUACUACUUCAAGAGCCGCAGGGAAAAGCGCUGAUCCAGCCCACUAUCCCCUCUCCAUUAUCCAUCUAGACAUUUCUUAUUUUUCUUGGUUCGAUUUGAAGUCGAUUGAAGUUUUCCGUCAAAAUUUAAAGUCGUUAGAAGACCGAUACACAACGAAACAUUUGUCAGACACUUUACGAUUCAUUGUGGGAUUAUUAAAGGAUAUUCCAGUUCGGAGAUA